UGGAGAUAUUUAACAGGACGAGCGGAAAAUAAUUAAUUCAAACGCUUUGAUGGUGGGGGACGUGAGGAGACAGGACAUCGUGCGUAAAAUGGAUAUUUGCGCGACCCUCUGAGGUAUUGUUGUCACAGUUGAUCACUGUGUUCACCGGUGAAGAGGAAGACACUGAAUGUUGAGUGCUGUGGAUAUAUCAGCACAGUCCACAGCCUGACAUUUACACUCGGAUCAGGGUCGUUUUAAGUGUCUGCACCUCAUUUUUGCAGCUCAGGUCUCUCCCUCCAGUCAAAGAUGACAGAGAGGACCCCGUGGUGGAGGGCAUUCCUUGGGCCAAAGAAAAAGAGUGGAGGCCACAAGGACACAGGUUCAACCCCACAAUUUGGCCCAGAUUUUAACCCUUUUGAACAACGGCCAGAAAAGCAAAAAGACCACGCUGCUGCUGCCGCCUCCAAGACCCCAGGCGACCAGUCCCAGCCUCAGCAAGAGUCCAACAAACACUCCAACCUCCUCAGUGAUGACACCUUUGACGACUCCAAGUUGGACUCGGUCUUCAACGAGCAGACGUGCCGCAGGAACAUGAAGGUGUCCCGCUCGGGUCGAUUCAAAGAGAAGAAGAAGGUGCGCUCCAGUCUCCCUAUACAGGAGAAAGAGCCAGAGACUGUAGCGUCGGGGAAAGAGGACAUCCGGUGGCAGUGAGGAGCAGAAAGUGAUCAAAGACUGCUUUAUAGAGAUGCUUGAAAAGAAGGAGACAGAUUUAAGUAGAUGAAGAUGCUUCAUGCUCGUGAGGCACGCCAAGAAGUCUGGUGAUGAUGAAGACCACAAGCAUUCACAUUUUAGCCCAAUACUGUGGGAAUAUGGUUAUGUGACGCAAGAAAUGUUGAAGAUUUGUUGAUGGACUUGUGCAAGCGGGCCACAGAAACAAUGUAAACUGACUUGAAAAUGAAUUGUAUUUGUUUUGUGAUGGGUAUUGAACCAUUUUGCCAACAAUAUUCCACAGUGAAAACUCAAAAGAAGUAGUGAUGCAGUGAGCACUUAUGAGCCCAACAUAGUUCCCAGAGUAUCCCUGUUUCAGUAAUUUGACAGCUACUAAAAAGACAAACAAACCUUGAAAAAAAUAUCCUCAAAUGCCAUUUAAAAAAAAUUAGUACUCAAGAUAUGUGAUAUGCUUCCGGAAAAUUAUUGUCUAUAAGAUGUUUACAUUAUUUCUGUAGUUAUAUUAAUAUAUGUUUAUAAUGAAGGAAGAGUAUAAUGCUCCUUUUACAGUGCUUUUACACAAAUGUUGAUUCUAAAGGGUUAGAAGGAUGUUUAUGAAGGUGUAAGUGAUUUCAUUAUAUGUGUGAACAAAAAAGAAUGUUUGUCAGCAGCUUCCAGUCAGAUGCACGACACUUGCCAGCAAAAUGCAGAAAAUAUAUCGAUGAAGGAUGAGAUCUGGCCUAUUAAAAAAAAAACAAAAAAAACACAGUGGGUCCUUAGCACUGAAGUUAGAAGUUUACUUUGUACGAUCCAACUAAGUAAGACAGAGAGAAGUCGUGAAGGAAGCGAUUGCUUUUUUUAGGACUGCUGUAUUUUGGAUCACCUGUGAAUACUUACAUGAAGGUGAAAUAUGAGAAAUAAAUCUGCUGCAGCUGCUUGUAU